UGUGGGCAGGCGUUUCCUGUCGCUGCUUGGUAACAAUGGGGAAGAUAAUGGCUGCCUGAGCAACGUCUCCGAGCAGGCGCUGGGCUAGAGGCGGGUCUCGACCAGCGACUCAUCGGAGGCGGGCUUGAGAGCUGCGGCAGGGGAGGCGCGCAGGAGCCCCGGCGGCGGUGGCGGCGGCCGAACCGACCGAGUCGGAUCCCGACACCAAAACCGGAGCAGAGAGUGAAGAAAACUAAAAUCCAGUUUAUUGUAUACAAUACUAUGUCAUAACAGUCAGAUAAUUUUCCACUUGUUUAUCAAGAUGGAAAGCUCAGAUUGUAACGAUAAAGGAAGUGGUGAUCAGUCUGCAGCACAGCGCAGAAGUCAGAUGGACCGAUUGGAUCGGGAAGAAGCUUUCUAUCAAUUUGUAAAUAACCUCAGUGAAGAAGAUUAUAGGCUUAUGAGGGAUAACAAUUUGCUAGGCACCCCAGGUGAAAGUACUGAGGAAGAGUUGCUGAGGAGACUACAACAAAUUAAAGAGGGCCCACCACCACAAAACUCAGAUGAAAAUAGAGGUGGAGACUCUUCAGAUGAUGUAUCUAAUGGUGACUCUAUAAUAGACUGGCUUAACUCAGUCAGACAAACUGGAAAUACAACAAGAAGUGGGCAAAGAGGAAACCAAUCUUGGAGAGCAGUGAGCCGGACUAAUCCAAACAGUGGUGAUUUCAGAUUCAGUUUAGAGAUCAAUGUUAACCGUAAUAAUGGGAGCCAAAAUCCAGAGAAUGAAAAUGAACCAUCUACAAGACGUUCUAGUGGAGAAAGUAUGGACAACAACAGCCAAAGACAAGUGGAAAAUCCACGAUCUGAAUCAACAUCUGCAAGGCCACCCAGAUCAGAACGAAAUUCGGCUGAAGCAUUAACAGGAGAAGCCCCACCUACCAGAGGUCAGAGAAGGGCAAGAAGUAGGAGCCCAGACCAUCGGAGAACCCGAGCAAGAGCUGAAAGAAGUAGAUCACCUCUACAUCCAAUGAGUGAAAUUCCACGAAGAUCUCAUCAUAGUAUCUCAUCUCAGACUUUUGAGCAUCCUUUGGUAAAUGAGACUGAAGGAAGUUCUAGAACCCGGCACCACGUGACAUUAAGACAGCAAAUAAGUGGACCUGACUUACUAACUAGAGGUCUUUUUGCAGCUUCUGGAACAAGAAAUGCUUCACAAGGAGCAGGAUCUUCAGACACAACUGGCAAUGGUGAAUCUACAGGAUCAGGCCAGAGACCUCCAACCAUAGUCCUUGAUCUUCAAGUAAGAAGAGUUCGUCCUGGAGAAUAUCGGCAGAGAGAUAGCAUAGCUAGCAGAACUCGGUCAAGGUCUCAGACGCCAAACAACACCGUCACUUAUGAAAGUGAACGAGGAGGUUUUAGGCGUACAUUUUCACGUUCUGAGCGAGCAGGUGUGAGAACCUAUGUCAGUACCAUCAGAAUUCCAAUUCGUAGAAUCUUAAAUACUGGUUUAAGUGAGACUACAUCUGUUGCAAUUCAGACCAUGUUAAGGCAGAUAAUGACAGGUUUUGGUGAGUUAAGCUACUUUAUGUACAGUGAUAGUGAUUCAGAGCCUAGUGGCUCAGUCUCUAGUCGAAAUAUGGAAAGGUCAGAGUCACGGAAUGGAAGAGGGGGUUCUGGUGGUAGUAGCAGUUCUGGUUCAAGUUCCAGUUCGAGUCCUAGUUCCAGUUCCAAUGGCGAAAGUUCAGAGAAUAGCUCAGAGGUAUUUGAAGGCAGUAAUGAAGGAAGCUCAUCAUCAGGCUCAUCAGGUGCCAGGCGAGAGGGUCGACACAGGGCCCCAGUAACAUUUGAUGAAAGUGGCUCUCUGCCCUUCCUUAGUCUCGCUCAGUUUUUCCUCUUAAAUGAGGAUGAUGAUGACCAACCUAGAGGACUCACCAAAGAACAGAUUGACAACUUGGCAAUGAGAAGUUUUGGUGAAAAUGAUGCAUUAAAAACCUGUAGUGUUUGCAUUACAGAAUACACAGAAGGCAACAAACUUCGUAAACUACCUUGUUCCCAUGAGUACCAUGUCCACUGCAUCGAUCGCUGGUUAUCUGAAAAUUCAACUUGUCCUAUUUGUCGCAGAGCAGUCUUAGCUUCUGGUAACAGAGAAAGUGUUGUGUGAUUAAGGUCUGAACUCUCAGCUAUGUAGCUGGUAUAGUGAUGGGCAAACAGGAAUCACUUGCUUUCUGUCCACUUUUUGAGUGGUGCUUAAAUGUAAAGUAGCAACCUGAAUUGAGUCAUUGCUUUCUGAAUGAAUCAUUGUCCUUUCUCUAAUUUCUGUUCCAAAAUAAAAGGAAAUAUUUAAAAAGCAACAUGUUAGGACAUAAAAAUCUGAUUUCAGUAUCAGUAAUUGUUAUUACUGAUGAUUUAUCAUGUACUUGUCAGUUUCUCCUUUGUUACCUUAAAAGGUCUGCCUUAGCAAUGACUCUUACCUGUUUCAUAUUGAUCUUUAAAGUUUCAUAUGCCAUAGGAAAGAGGGGUGAAGGAAAUUCCCAGUUUAGACUCAGUUACAGUACAUGUUUCCUAAGUGACUGCUUAAAGCUAUACUGUUCCCAGUUAUUAGUUGGCACACAUUCAGCUACAUUCUGAAUAUCAUUUGUUCACCUUUCAGACAAGGUGAUAUUGGACUUAUCAGUGUAAAUAACACUAAGAUUAGGAUCUUCUAAGUGUAUAACUGUCUUCUAAGCCCAUCACUGUGGCACACUGUAGAGUGAGCUUAUAGUUUAAUUGAGAUAUUUAUCUUGUGGAAAUAUUAAAAAAAAAAAGCCUAUGCUUGUGUAAGUGAAAAAAUCACAUUCAUUUGUUUAAAAAUGUAAAGCUAUUUUGUAGAGGCUCAGUACUUUUUCCAAUGCACUGUUGUAUUAAUGCAUUAAAAAUUGUAAAGUACCAUGCUUAGAAAUGAAAAAAACUGCUUUUUGUGAGCCAACAUAGUAAAAAAAAAAAAAAAAAAACACACACCAAACAAAGUACAAAGCUGCUUUUGUAAGUGUGUAGAUGUAAGAGCAGAACAUAUCUAUAAUAUUUAAUGUCUGUGAACAGCUACUGUGACCUGCAAAGGAAAGGACAGAGUAUGGAUUUAGGCAGGAAAUGAAAGAGGGAGGAUAGAGAAAACUGCUUGGAAGAACUUUUCAUGAAGACAGUAAUUCCACAGACAUGAACUGGUUUCAUAUGGUGAGAUCCUUGGCACAGUAUUCUACUUGAGCAGAUGAAGCAAAUUUGGCAGAAUUUGGUUUAAGAAAAACAAACCACUACCCCCUAGCACAAGUUACAUUGAUGUUUUUGCAAGUUUGCUUCUCAAAAAAAAAAAAAAAUGGAGGAAAGAGACUAUAAACCACUUAUUUAGCAUAAGAAUUGAAGUUGGCACAGAUGUGUAUACUAGUAGGAAAGUCUCAAAUUUGCAUUGUUUUUGGUAUUUUGGUUAUUCAAGGUACCAGUGCACACUUGUUACUAUCUCUAAUACAGACUUAAUAUCUCAUACCUAAAGACAAGAUGAAGAACUAAGGGAUUUUUAUUUUUUGUGAAAAGUGAGUCGUGUUUGGUUAUUUGAAAUUCAAAUUUUAAUUGUGCUGCCCAUAUUUGAAGAUGAGAAUGCUGACUCACAAUCUAUGGGAUAUGCACUUUAUGUUGUUUCCUUAGUAAGCCUUGUGAAGAACCCAGUACUCUUGCUGACUUUCUCUUGAGGCAAGUUGGGGUUAGGAUUAGUCUGACUGUGGAAGACUGUCUUUUUCUGGGAAACGCUAGUGGGCCCAAAGAGGGAUUGAACACAUCCUUGGCUCUUAACAAAGUGAGCUGAUUACCCAGGUGUACGUAGUCAGAUGCUCUACACAAUAAACAAGUCUGCUUUAGAAAUUAUCUGGCUACCUUAACUGUUACCAACUCAGCUGUAAAGAUUAUUUCAAAGCUCAUUCUUGUAUAUUUUCCUCUGGCUUUCAAUCCUACCUAAGUAUCAAGGAAAUUGUAAAUAUGGUAGUUGUUUACUAAGGAUAUGUACUGCUCUUGCAAGAAAAUAAUGUCCAAACAAAGCUUCACUUAUUUUUUUUUAAUAUAAGCAGAUUUUACUGUUUAUGGCGCUUAUGUAAUACAUUUUAUCUUUCUAAAAAAAUUGUCCAUGUAAAAGUCAGGAUUCGUUUAUAUUUGUGAGCCUCCUUGUAUCCUUUACUAAGGGUGUAAUCUAUGGUUUUCAGAUCUGCAGGGUAGUCCUGAUUGGCUAAAAACAAACUCAUUUUCCUCUUGGUAUAAAAUGUCCCAUUAUAAUAGGGGUGUUCAUUUUAAAUAGUUUAAAAACAACUGCAUCACAUUCUAAGCAUAAAAGAGUUAUUAACAGGUACCUUCCUAACCUCCCAAGAUGUAUUAUUACUCAUUUGUGAAGUAUUAAGAGGUUAACUCAUGCAGAAUGCUGGUUAUGAAUGUAGAUACUGAAGCUAUUCAUAAACACUGGAAAUAGAAUUUUAAGUUUUUAGCCUUCAGUGCACAUAUUGGACAUGUGCAUGUGAAAACCUUUUUCAGUAGCACUCAUUAAUUUCCAUUGGACUGUGUAGAAUGGAUAAAAAUAUUUUAGUGGAAUUUGCUACUUGAUUAUUUUUUUUGCAAGGUCCAUGACCAAUAUGUACUUUCUAGUAUGGACAUUGAAGACAAGGUCAUUUGUAGGUGUCAGAUGUACAAUGGAGAACAAAAAUCUUUUUUCCCACCUGCAUCCAAAAACCUGUUCUCUUGAGGGAGCAUUUUCUUGCAAAAGACUUUACAUUUCAUUUUGUACCUUUGCACUUUUUCUUUAUAACGAAAAGGUUCUGUCUUGAGGACCUUGUUUGAACUUCAUGCAAUAAUAGGAACGAGAAAAAACAAUGUUGGGGCAUUACGUUGUUCAAUGCAUAGGGAAAAAG